UAAAUAUAAUAAUACUGAAGAAUUAUGUAAAUUAGUUCCGCAUGUUGAUGAUGCUGAUGUAUUAUAUGGUGAAUUUCUAUUAGUUAAAAAAGAUGUUGGUGAAUGUGAUAGUGUUCAAUCUAUUGUAAAUUGA